AUGACAGCCCUUCAUUGUGAUGGGUCUUUGACGGCUGAUAGAGCUUCUUAUGGUGGGAUCAUUCGUGAUGACAAUUCUGUUCUUGGCAUGGAACUUCUUGCUAUCCUUAGGGGAGUCACUUUAUGCAUUCAAAAGGAUCUCCUUCGGGUUUCUAUUAGAUCUUAUUCCAAACUUGCAGUGGAUAUUUUGAAUGGGAUAGUGAGCUGUCCUUGGAGCUUGCAGGCCUUAAAGGUCCGGAUCACAUCUCUAAUGGAGCAAUUGCAACGUAAGGAGAUUAGACAUGUUUGGAGGGAGCUCAACCAACCGGCAGACUUUGUUGCAGCCAUUGACACUGGGGAUGGGGAAUCUUUUUUCUACCCCCCGGAUUUCCCCCUAGACUUAGUGGAGUUGAUUAAGAAUGACUCAGACCGUAAGACCUACUUUAGGACCCCUUCACAUUGA